GCUACUAGAUAGCACUUUAAAUCAAAUACUAAUCGUGCUUCCAUCUUGUGAGUAUAAAUGAAGGAAUGUCAUCUCUAGAUAUCGAUUACUGUCGACAAGACCCACCCUAUUCGAGUACGAGAAGAGAGUAGUUGAAUAUAUAUGUUAUCUUGGUACCGGUAUUUGGGAGUACAUUUAGUUUUAUUUCCAAAGAAAUUAUGUCUCUCUGUGCUGAUGAAGUGCUAGUAAUUAAGUUACAAGAAGCUGUGAAGGAAAUAGGAGCAGAAUUACGCCUAGCAUAUAACUUCACAUCUGAGACCCGGAAGAACACAAAGAAUAAGGAUGAUAGGAGGAGCCAGUUGAUGGUAGCCAUAGAAGACGUGAUGCUGGAUAUAGUGCGAAGUGUAGCUGAGGGAAAGUCUCCCGUCUUCACUCUGCGGAAUCAGAGAGAUUGGAAGAACGUCAAGUUUGGAGACCGGUUGAAGCUGAAGCCAGAAGGACAAGCAUCAACUGUCGAGAUUAAAUUCAGCUCAAGACGCAGUCGCCCCAAGUUCGCACUCAUUAUCCAUCUGCUGGGUGUAGUCCACCGCCUGCUUUUCACCCAGUCCACGUGCACUCGGAGACAGCUGUACUACCAGAAUGUGGCUCUAGUACGCAGCCAGGGUCUUCUGGACGCUGCGGUUCGCGACAUAUGCAGCCUUCUGAACGCCCCGGCCUGGGAGCUAGGAGUCAUCGCCACUUCCAAGGGCCUAGUUGCUGGUCCUGUGUCCCUGAUCAUGGAAACGGGUGAUGUCAUCGAUUGUAUGGCACCAGGAGGGGUGCUUAUUCCUCAAGAUAUAAACAACGUGGUUCGACUGGAGUCUGAUGCCCAGUUUGUACUACUUGUAGAGAAAGAUGCUACUUUCCAGAAGUUGCUGGAUGAGGGUGUUCUGGAGAGACUGGGACCCUGUAUUCUGGUCACAGGAAAGGGUUUCCCCGAUGUGGCCACUCGGCUGUUGGUUCAGCUAUUAUGGAAGUUCCUGAGUGUGCCUGUGUUAGCUCUGGUGGAUGCUGAUCCUCAUGGCAUCGAGAUCAUGUGCAUCUACCGCUUCGGAUCACUGAACAUGAGUCACCAGUCUGAUGAUUUAGCAGUGCCCAUGGUUCGGUGGCUUGGUGUACACCCUACUGACAUCUCGUGGCUGGGAAUUAAAGCUCAGCCCCUCACUGCCGUAGACAUCAGCAAACUGCGCAACCUGGCGACAAGACCAUAUGUUACCAGCCACACAGCACUUCAGGAUCAGAAGUCACAUGUUAAGUAGAGAAUGUGGGUCUCCCUGCUGUGGAAUAAUCGUGGUAACAUUACAAAAUCCUAGGUGAGGGCUUUGCUGUGUGGCAAGAAGAAGGCCGAAAUAGAAGGCGUGGCCAGUUUCUCCUCUUCUUAUCUCACUGAUGCUUACAUCCCUAACAAGAUUUGUUGCAAAGAAUUAUUGUGAUCUCAAGAAAUGAAAGAAUAUUUUACAGUUAAGAAAAAUGUUAUAUUUAGACGUGCUCAAGUUUAUGGUCAUAACCCUAUUACCCACCUGAAACAUCUUGCACUAUGUUUUAGAGCUGCAUAAUAAGUUGUUGAAUAUCUUUUAAGUGAGUUGUUCCAUGAUGUAGAACAGUGGUAGGAACCCCAGGGUCACGCGUUGUACUUUCGAAUGGGGCCCACAAGGUCACGAACAAAAAGAUGACUAUUGUGACAUUUGCCUUCAUAUUUAGAAGUCGGAAAAAUAAAACCAGACAUCUCACUGUUGUUCUUUCAGCCAUAAAUUUAUCAAAAGAUUUUAGAAAGAAUGCCUUCUUUCCUUCACAUAUUUAUAUUUGAAGAUUUUCCCUGCGUGGAAGGUGUCAUAUAUAACCUCAAAUGUUAGUCUUCAUGCAUUUAAUUUCUGAUGAACAAAACAAAAUUAUUUAAAAAUUUUCAGAUACAUUUAUAAUCUAUCUCUAUGCUAAAUUCCCAUUCCUAUCUUGCAUGGAUACUGCCACGAAAUCAAAACAUAAUUUUCUCCUGCCUUUCAUAUGCCCUUUCAUAAAGCUCCAUAAAAUUAUCUCAAUAAAAUCUGCAUUUUAUAAACAUCUUUGGAACAUAAACAUUUCGAGAGUUCAUUAAUUGGUACUAAUGUCGCACAUAACUCCUAAGUUCAUAUGCAGGGCAUUAUGUUGCUCUUUUAUGACAGGGAAUUAAAACAAAAUAUUUGGUACACUUUCACGAACAUUAUGUCUAAACUAACGUUCGUGAAAAUUCGUCAGUUGAUUCAGAAGUUGUACACCAUGGACAUGAUGUUAUAAGCAUAAAUUACCUAAGAAAGGAAAAUUGGAUAAACAUGUAUGAUUUAAGAACAUUAAUUAUCUCAUUGUUUUGAUUGUAUUAAUACUUUUCAAAUUUGUUUAUUAAAAAUAUGACAUUAAAUAAACUGUACAUUUUGUUCUUGUAAUUUUGCAGCUCCCACAGGGGUUCAACCUUUUUAAAUGUGCCCUAUUACAAAAAGAAAAUGUCACAACUCUAAAGGCAGUUUUCUAGUUGUGCAAAUUAAAGAUAUCUAUAUCUGCACAAUAUAUUAAUGAAUGUAGAGUAUGA